GAAGUGACAGUGACAAUUGUGCAUAUCAAAGUUUAUUUCAACCGUUUAAUGAGUUUAGUGAGAUAGAUUCUGUGGUUGUUUUUCAAAGUUAGUGUACUUUGAACUUUAGACUUGCAUUACCAGCUAGUGAGUUGUGUAUAAAUUUAGUUGGGAAUAAACAUUUGGAAAAAAUGAUACCCAUUUAUUCCUAUUCAAGAUCAGUUGCACAGGUUUCCAGCAGGUUUGCAAGAUUCAAAAGUACUUUGGUUGUAGCAGAGCAUAAUAACGAAUCUCUGUCAGCUAUAACUCAAAAUGCAUUAUCUGCAGCUAAAAAAAUUGGAGAUGAUAUUUCCAUUCUUGUGGCAGGAACCAAAUGUGGUCCUGUUGUUGAAGCUCUUUCAAAAGCCCAAGGUGUUAAGAGGAUUAUAGUUGCUGAAGAUAAGGCAUUUGAAGGAUUUGUAGCUGAAAAUUUAACCCCAUUAAUAUUAAACACUCAAAAGCAGUAUAAUUUUACUCAUAUUUUGGCUGGUGCAACAGCUUUUGGUAAAAGUGUUUUACCAAGAGUUGCUGCAAAGCUUGAUGUUUCCCCAGUAACAGAUGUUGUUGGUAUUAAAUCAGAAGAUACAUUUAUAAGAAGUAUAUAUGCAGGUAAUGCAAUACAAACUUUAACUGCCACUGAUCCUGUGAAAGUAUUAACAGUCCGUGGAACAAGCUUUGAAGCUGAAAAAUUAGAAGGUGGAUCUGUUCCCUCUGAACCAGCACCUGCAGGAGAUUACAAUGCAAAUCUCACAACUUUUGUAAGUCAAACUCUUAGUAAAUCUGACCGACCUGAAUUGACAAGUGCUAAAGUUGUGAUUAGUGGAGGAAGAGGGAUGAAGUCUGGAGAUAAUUUCAAACUUUUAUAUGCUCUUGCUGAUAAGUUGAAUGCUGCUGUUGGUGCUUCUAGAGCUGCAGUGGAUGCAGGAUUUGUGCCUAAUGAUUUACAAGUGGGACAGACAGGAAAAAUUGUUGCACCAGAUUUAUAUGUUGCUGUUGGUAUUUCUGGUGCCAUACAACAUCUUGCUGGAAUGAAAGAUAGUAAAACAAUUGUAGCAAUUAACAAGGAUCCUGAUGCACCAAUUUUUCAAGUUGCAGACUAUGGUUUAGUAGCUGAUUUGUUUAAAGCUGUCCCUGAACUCACUGAAAAGUUAUAAUCUGUUUGCACUUUUUUAGAAUCAUGUAUAUUUAUCAAUUACCCCCAUACAAAUAAACACAUUUUUAUAUGAAA